UCUGGGGCAGCCACGCAGGCCGUGGCUGGGCGGCUGGCAACUGGUGCUUACCAACCCUGACCACCUGCCAGCUAAGGAGCCAGAGCCCCGGCCGGGACCCUGUGCCCUGGCAGCCUCAUGUGCACGGAAUGGUGCUGUGCCCGGUGCCAGCAGCCUGGGCUCACCAUGGUGCUGGGAGCCGUCCUGGCACGAGGGAGGGAUGUUUUCAGGAGGAACGGACUUCUCAUCCUGUCUGUGCUGUCCGUCACCGUGGGCUGCCUCCUUGGCUUCUUCCUGAGGACCCGGCGCCUCUCACCGCAGGAAAUUAGUUACUUCCAGUUUCCUGGAGAGCUCUUGAUGAGGAUGUUGAAGAUGCUAAUCCUACCGCUGGUGGUCUCCAGCCUGAUAUCCAGCCUCGCCUCUCUGGAUGCCAAGACCUCCGGCCGCCUGGGCAUUCUCACUGUGGCAUACUACCUGUGGACCACCUUUGUGGCAGUCGUCGUGGGCAUCAUCAUGGUCUCCAUCAUCCACCCAGGCAGGGUGGCCCAGAAGGAGGCGACGGAGCAGAGCGGGAAGCCCAUCAUGAGCUCAGCCGAUGCCCUGCUGGACCUCAUCCGGAACAUGUUCCCGGCCAACCUGGUGGAAGCCACUUUCAAACAGUACCGCACCAAGACCACACCUGUCAUCAAGUCCCCCAAAGUGGCAUCAGAGGAGGCCCCUCCCCGGCGGAUCCUCAUCUAUGGGGUCCAGGAAGAGAAUGGCUCUCACAUUCAGAACUUCGCCCUGGACCUGACCCCACCACCUGAGGUCAUUUACAAGUCAGAGCCUGGCACCAGCGAUGGCAUGAACGUGCUGGGCAUCGUCAUGUUCUCCGCCACCAUGGGCAUCAUGCUGGGCCGCAUGGGUGACAGCGGGGCCCCCCUGGUCAGCUUCUGCCAAUGCCUCAAUGAGUCUGUCAUGAAGAUCGUGGCAGUGGCGGUGUGGUACUUCCCCUUCGGUAUCGUGUUCCUCAUCGCCGGCAAGAUCCUGGAGAUGGAUGACCCCACAGCCGUGGGGAAAAAGCUGGGCUUCUACGCGGUCACCGUAGUAUGUGGGCUGGUGGUCCACGGCCUCUUCAUCCUGCCCCUGCUCUACUUCUUCAUCACCAAAAAGAACCCCAUCGUCUUCAUCCGAGGUGUCCUCCAGGCCCUGCUCAUCGCACUGGCCACCUCCUCCAGAGGCCCUGACCAUCCUGGAGGAGGAUGGUGGGCAGGCACCGGCCUCUCUGCCUGCAGCUCAGCCACACUGCCCAUCACCUUCAAGUGCCUGCUGGAGAACAACCACAUCGACCGGCGCAUCGCCCGCUUCGUGCUGCCCGUGGGCGCCACCAUCAACAUGGAUGGCACGGCGCUCUACGAGGCUGUGGCUGCCAUCUUCAUCGCCCAGGUCAACAACUACGAGCUGGACUUCGGCCAGAUCAUCACCAUCAGCAUCACAGCCACGGCAGCCAGCAUCGGGGCAGCCGGCAUCCCCCAGGCCGGGCUCGUCACCAUGGUCAUUGUGCUCACCUCCGUGGGACUGCCCACUGACGACAUCACCCUCAUCAUCGCAGUCGACUGGGCUCUGGACCGCUUCCGCACCAUGAUUAACGUGCUGGGUGACGCGCUGGCUGCAGGGAUCAUGGCCCACAUCUGCCGGAAGGACUUUGCUCAGGACACAGUCACCGAGAAACUGCUGCCCUGCGAGACCAAGCCAGUGAGCCUCCAGGAGAUCAUGGCGACCCAGCAGAAUGGCUGUGUGAAAAGCGUGGCCAAGGCCUCAGAGCUGACCCUGGGCCCCACCUGCCCCCACCACAUCCCUGUCCAGGUGGAGCAGGACGAGGAACUGGCUGCCGCCAGCCUGGACCACUGCACCAUUGAAAUCAGCGAGCUUGAGACCAACGUCUGAGCCUGCAGAGCUGCAGAGGCCUGGGCAGGCCUCCAGGGUUGGGCAGAGGGCAGCAUCUCGACUUCCUCCUUUCCUGAGCAGCCGACAGGGGCGAGCCUCACACACGCUUCCCUCCCUCGGGAGGUCGGAACCAGCUCCGCUUGACAGAAAGCAGAGUCUCGCAGAGGAAACGCCAGCAGGGGAGUGAUGGGCCAGCACAGCCCAGCCCAGCCCUGGCUGUGACUUCCCAUGGUGACGGCCCGUGAGGACAGCAGGCAGGGGUUAUGGUCCGCACUUUCCGGAUGAGAGAGUUAAGGCUGAAAGCGCGUAUCCCAGGUCUCAGAGCAAGUCAGGGCAAGGGCUCCAACUCGGGUGUUUCAUGCCCUGCCCACUCCCUCCCGGAGGACAGGGGCACCUGCUGGGCCAGGUGCCCAGAGAGGCUCCAGGCUCUGCCCCUGUCCUGUAGCCCCGCAGCCACCACCGCUUUCCACUCAUGCAGACAGAACAGUGGCCUCUGGGCCUGCCCCUCUGUGUCCUGGCCCAGGCCAGCCCUCCACCCAGCCCCAUAACACGUGGCCUCAAACAGCUCUGCCCAACAGGGGGCCAGCCCAAGACCGAGGCCUGCUGCCUUCCACAUGCCUCGGCCUGUCUGGUCCCACCCCAGCGGUCCUCUCUCACAAAGCUCCCAUGAUUUGGAGGUGGGGGUGUCUUUGCUGGGGCUGCCUGGGCCCUUGGAAACAUCUGGGCCAGCUUCCCACCAGGCGGUGGGCCAGCCAGGACCCAGGGGCAGGCUGCCUGGGACGUUUCGUACAAGCUGCCCAGUUGGCUCUGGAUCAGGACUCCCCAGAAGCCUGAGGGAUAAAGAGGAGUUAAGUUUUAUAUUCUUUUCUGUGUUU